UCUUUUAUUUGACUAGUUUGUCCCAUGUUCAGAUAUUAGAAAUGCUUCCGCUUUCAUUGCUCCGAACGGCGCAAAAUCAUCCUAUGCUGGUCGAACUCAAGAAUGGAGAAACAUAUAACGGUCAUCUCGUAUCCUGUGAUAAUUGGAUGAAUAUUAACCUAAGAGAGGUGAUCUGUACUAGCCGGGACGGAGAUAAGUUCUGGAGAAUGCCUGAGUGCUAUAUCCGUGGUUCAACUAUCAAAUAUCUCAGAAUUCCUGACGAGGUAAUUGAUCUGGUGAAAGAGGAUAUCACAACUAAAGGUGGAGGUCGAGGUGGAGGCAGAGGACGAGGAGGUUCAAACAGAGGUCGAGGAGGCGGUAGAGGAGCUUUUGGAGGUCGUGGAGGGAACCAAGGUGGUAGGGGAGGUGGAAGAGGUGGAGGAGGAGGCGGCCGAGGGGGUGGUGGAGGUGGAAGAGGAGGUGGAGGGGGAGACCGUGGUGGCAGGAAUUAAACAUAAGUUUUUUAUUUUCCUUUAUUGUAUUUUCAUUCUGUUUCAGACAAAAUGGGCUAGAGAGAUAAAAUAAUUAACAAAAUGAAUCUCUCUCCUGCGUUAUAAA